UUUCGAAAAUUAUUGAAAAUAGUUAAUGACCCCCUCAUUGUGCAUUGGAUUUUCAGUCAAAAACAUUUAAAUUUAUUUAAUAUGCUUCCUAUGCGGCAGAGCUUAUACCAACGGGCUCAAUCUCGAUUCACAAAUUUAAAGUUUCAACGAUUUUUUAGCAAAGACGAUUGCAAUGGAAAGCAAGUAAAGAAGUUGAGCUUAAAAAAUGUAGAUGUGGCUGGAAAAAGGGUUUUUAUGAGAGUGGACUUUAAUGUACCCAUGAAAGAUGGUAAAAUAACCAACAACCAAAGAAUAGUUUCCGCACUUCCCACUAUUAAAUAUGCCUUGGAAAAGAAAUGUAAGUCCCUGGUUUUGGCAUCCCACUUGGGACGUCCUGAUGGCAAGAAGAACAAAAAGUUUAGCCUGGAACCGGUGGCCAAGGAGCUGGAAAGUGUGCUGGGCAAGCCUGUCCAAUUCCUGGACGACUGCGUGGGUGAUAACACCCUGAAAGCUUUGAAAGAUCCCUCCGACGGCACUGUGGUCCUGCUGGAGAAUCUUCGUUUCUAUGCCGAGGAGACGGGCAGCAGCAAGGACGAGAACAAGAAGAAGGUCAAGGCAGAUCCCGAGAAGGUCAAGGAAUUCCGAGCCAAGUUGGCGCAACUGGGCGAGAUAUAUGUGAACGAUGCCUUUGGAACAGCACAUCGAGCGCAUAGUUCCAUGAUGGGCGAUGGCUACAAGGUGCGAGCGGCUGGCUUCCUGCUGGAUAAGGAGCUGGAGUACUUUGCCAAGGUUCUCCACGAUCCGGCCAAGCCCUUCUUGGCCAUUCUGGGUGGCGCCAAGAUAGCCGACAAAAUUCCGCUGAUAACGAACCUCCUGAACAAUGUGACGGCCAUGAUCAUAUCCGGUGGCAUGGCCUUCACCUUCCUCAAAGUGCUCAAUGGCAUGGAGAUUGGAAAGUCCCUCUUCGAUGAGAAGGGAUCCGAGUUGGUCAACGACAUAGUCUGCAAGGCGAAGGAGAAGGACGUGAACAUACUAUUUCCAAUUGACUUCGUCAUAGCCAACAAGAUCGACAAGCAGCCGGUUAAAGUGGAACAUGUGGAUGCCACACAGGGCAUACCGGGGGAUAUGAUGGGUAUGGACCAUGGCCAGGCAUCUAGUGAGAUGUUUGCUGGCGCAAUUUGUGCGUCCCAAACCAUCGUGUGGAACGGACCGCCGGGCUUGUUCGAAAACGAGCUGUUCUCCAAGGGCACCGAGUCCAUGCUGGAGGCAGUAAUCGGGGCCACUAACAGAGGAGCCACCACAAUCGUCGGUGGUGGGGAUACCGCCACCGCCUGCUUGAAGUUCGGAGGCGCCGACAAGGUGUCGCAUGUAUCCACCGGUGGAGGAGCCUCCCUGGAGUUGCUGGAGGGUAAGAUCCUGCCAGGAGUGGCUGCCCUUUCGGAUGCCUAAACGCACAACUUUACAAUGGUUGUUCUACUUAAAUGUACAUGUAUCUUAAAU